AUGGAUCCCCCAGUCAAUCCCCAAUCGGUCCUGACGAUACCAUCAAGCGAGGACUGGUCGCGGUUCCGACCCCUUGUCAAAGAGCUCUAUCACGACCGCAGACUUUCUAUGGCAGAGGUCAGGGAUCAUCUGAAAUCGCUCGGAUACUGGGUCAACACGCGCAUGAUCAGGGCUCGAAUCAGCCAAUGGAACUUACAGAGAAACAACCAAUUCCACAGCAUGGUUGCGGCUCUUCGCUUACUUGAUCCAGACCCUACGUCGUGGCCAGUCCCGGAACCCUGCUUCCUUAUCCGAGGACGUCAUGUUCCGUUGCACGAGGUUCUGCGAUAUUUUAGACGCAAGGGCAUACAGAACCCGAUCCAUUGGUGUCGUUCAGCUGCAGUACACCAAGAUGAGCCAGCUGUCAGGCUUCUUCAAGAGGGAGAUAGUCCUGUGGAUGGUACGAGCGAGGGCAGCUCAACACUCGCUGCGCUAUCUUCAGCCAGUAGCGUUGUCCUGUCUAUGUCUCCUGUCAACAUUCCCGCGCCUAUAUUUACCCUGGAGCAAAAGGCAGCUGCCAGUCUAACUGACUACUGCGGAGUCUACCUCAACCAAGACAUCCAUCCAGAGCCGGCGGUUCAUCAGUUCACGACACACGGACGUUUUGGGAACCGCAUGCAAGAAGGUCUAGCACAGAUGAUGCGUGGAGGCCCAGGAGCAUUUCCACACUUCCAUCAAGCCUUUGACCUUGUUCAGCCUCUCCUCUCUGACUGCCACCCCAUGAGUCUUGCCCAACUAUUAGCCAUUGUGUGUGAGCUCUCGGCUUGCAAUGCACAAGAAGUAUUGACCUGCCUGCUCCGGCAUUCAGCGGCAAUGGCUUCAUCCUUGCGAACGCCCUCCCCUCUCAUCCAAUUCUUGGUGUCCCUCUCCUCAUUGCCACCUGCGCUACUGCAGUGCACGGCUAUCUCGAGUCUCCGGGCUGCAUUGGCAGUAUUCUCUGAUAAGUCUCCCCACACCUGGCAUCGCCUCUAUAUUGAGGAACGACUUUGUGACUGCCUCUACCACGGCCAAGACCGUAUCGAAGGUGGAUACCGCCGCGCUCAGCUUUUGCGGGACCAAGAAUCGUUCUAUGGACCGUUCGCACGAAACGUUGUCUGGACUGUCACCAACGUCGCAGAUGAUCAUCUAGAUAGUGGUGAUCUAGACGGUGCAGAGUCAUACUACAGGAUAGCUUUGGCACGGGCAGAGCAACUCAGUGGUUUCCCAAGGGCCAAGCUGCGCUACGCUGCCCUAGAGGGUCUAGGCAGAAUAGAGCAGAUGCGCUUUGAGAUCACGCGUAAUGACCGAGAUGCUUGUGUACGACACUUGAAGGAAGCUUCUAGAUAUGUUGACGACUCAUUGAAUGAAGCACUGAUAUGGUUUGAGCCAACAAGCAGGCGUGUAGGUCGAGUGACAGAACAACAGGGGUAUAUCAGAAACCUUUUACAACGCCUCAGUUGA